CAUCAUUACUCGUACCAUCAUUUUCACUCAACGCUCCAAGCCAAGUAAACAUCAGCCAAUCACGAGUGCCACUGCAUUUCUGUUUCAAUCGAUUGUGAUCAUUGCCAGGACGCUGUCGUUGCUGCUGCUACUGUUGCUACGAAGUACUCCUAGUGAUACUAUUCUUAGGUACCUAGCUACCACAGGUGCCACAGUAAACAUUUUCGUUUGUUUUGUUUAUCGUCUCGUAUUGCGAUCAGCACAUCCAAACGUACUUAGUCUGAUCAACUUUACCAUGUCCGGCUGGUUUACACUUUUCACCAAUUGUCGCUAUGUCGUCGAUGGUGGUCUUGUUGAUGAUCAUCUAGUCAUAUCGGACGAGACAGGCUUGAUCUUAAAAAGAGACGGCUAUAUCGGAGGCGAGGCUGUCGAUCUUGAAGACAACAUUAUAGCUCCGGGUUUCCUAGAGCUUCACACAAAUGGCGUCAAAGGUUUUCACUUUACACAAUUUAAGGAUGAGACGAGCUAUGCAACGAGAAUCGAUGAUACUGCAACGCAUUACGCUACACAAGGAGUGACAGGGUUUUGGGCUACUAUACCCACCGUCAAAGGCGAGGAAUUCCAGUCAAUCCUGCCUUCCUUGAAACCGCGCGACAUCCCCAACGCUGCAUCCCUUCUUGGAGCGCACGUUGAAGGCCCCUUUCUACAUCCGACCAAAAAAGGUGCUCACAAUGCAUCUCUUUUCCAAGACUGCAGUGCUUCAGCGAGCUCGAUCUAUGGCUUGUCAAACCUACAAGAUUCGGUCAAGCUUAUCACAGCAGCACCAGAACUUCCACAGUCGGGCGAAUUCUUCAGAUCCCUAUCCUCUCAAGGUAUCAGAGUAUCAAUGGGGCAUUCGAAUGCCACCUACGAGGAAGGUUUAUCGGGACUUUUCGCUGGGGCCACUUGCUUAACACAUACCUUGAACGGAAUGUCGGGCUUCACGUCUCGAGCACCUGGCCUCGCAGGAUUGACAGCGCUGCCAUCUACAAAUAACCCAGCUCCUCCUUACUACACUAUAAUCCCUGAUGGCGAGCAUUUACACCCAGCAACAGUCUCACAUCUUUAUCGUACGAACACGAAGAAGGCAAUUCUAAUUACGGAUAGUAUCGAGCUCGCAGAUCUGCCCGAUGGUACUUAUCCUGGCCAUGCGCAAAUACCAUUCGAGCAGACAAAGAAAGGUACACGCGCAACGAUCGCUGGAACUGACACGCUGAUAGGUGGAUGCAUACCACUGCAACAGGGAGUAAGAAACCUCAUGGAAUGGAGCGGCUGUGGUCUAGCCGAGGCUGUGGGUACUGUCACUGAAAAUAUUGCUUCUUUUAUGGGCAUCGAUGGAAAGGGCGGAAGAGGCGUAUUGAAAGAAGGUCGAAGGGCUGACCUCUGCGUCUUGAACGAGACGGGAGAAGUGUUGCAAACAUGGGUGAAGGGGGUAAAGGUUUGGGAUAAGGAGGAGGAUCUGCGGGCUACAGAAGACAGCGGUGAUUCUCGCGGGUAGUGGUCGAGGACUUGUUAACAAGAUGAAAGGAGGAACGUCUUUUGUGAGAACAAAUGCACUCAAGCAGGAUUACUCAAUAUGAACAUGCUCCAACUGGUUACCAAUAAUGAGUCCAGAAGAUUUCUUUUGUCGCUUUCGCCGUUCCUUGGCUCUUUUAGGAUAUUGGCUCUUAUGGGAUAUAUAGAAGGUUGCCAUUGACUAGAAUUGUGAUUACAUUAUAUUUG